GUAGCCAGCAUGCAGCACCAGCAGAGAUGGGAUGGCACGCUUUUUGGCAUGGCUCAAACCCAGCGAGCCCAUCAUCUGAUCUGACUCUCUCACUUUCACCACAACACAACCUGCUCCAGCUGCACUCGGCUCAACAAUUUGAUUAAGGUGGUAGUAUAUUUGUGCGACUUUAUUAUUUUAUAUUUUACCAAAAAUAUGACGAAACUACAGAGCGAAGUCAAGGAUCACUAAUUUCACGCUCCUAAGUCGCUCGAACCGUGGUGCUCGAUGCACGUUUUGGUCAAAAGAACAGGCCACCAAAGUAUUGUCAGCCGCUGUAGUUGCGGACAUCAUAAUGUUUGCCAGUCUCCGAGAAAAGUUUUACAAUGUUCAAGAGGAAAUUACCACCAGUAUCCGCAACCUCAAAUUGGACCGACAGAGCAGCAAAGAUGUCAAGAAGCAAGACAAUUGCAACUAUGAUGCGGGAUUGGAAAUUUUAGAACGCUAUCAAAGUUUCUGGACCGACAUUCACAACAAGACGGAAAUUACGGCGAUGUGUGCUGCGGAGGUUGACGAAAUUGUGCAAAGUCUUCACGAUAACUAUGAGGAACAAUGGAAGAAAGUUGGAAAGUUGUCUACUGCCUUAGCCCUCAUCCCCCAAGUCAUUCAUGGAGUUCAAGAAGUUUGUGAUACCAUUUUAAAUUUGCAGUGUGCCUUUGACGAAACAGAAGAUGCGUUAUUAACACUGGAAGACAUGAUUGAAACACAAGAGCUACGUGAAAAACAGUUGGAUCACAGAUUUCAACUAGCGCUGUACCAAGAAAAGCGAAUGUCGGAGCUAGAAGACCUAAAAGUACAACUCACUGACGAGCACCUUCAUAAGAUCCGAGAAUUUGAAAAGAAGCGAGCGCCUUCAUUAAAAGAACGACAGGCACACUUUCAAGAGGCGUUUGACAAAGAUCUCCUGCACUACAAGUCACAAGGCAUCGUGCCAAAGCCAACAAAGACAGCAGAGUCAACACCUAGCCUGGAGGAAAUCCUGCUCGACGAGGAAGAUCCCUUCGAGUUGGAAACAUUUUUGGCUACAGAAGAGGAAGAAGAGGCAGAGAACUCGUCGCCUAAACCUGGCUCUUCUUCUGCUGAGCAACAAAAAGAUCCACUGCAGGAUAAGCCAGUAAAUGAAAAGAGUGACGCUCAUCCCACUAGCAGCAGUAACUUGGGAACAGAAGAAGCUCCCAAUGGAUGAUGAUCUCUCUAUUCUAUCUCCGCUGGGAGCAUUAUUUUGCAAAAUCCUACAGAUUGGUGCAUACAAACCAUGUUGCCUUUUCUAAAAUCUUGACGAAUGUAGACUUUUUCCCUUAAUACAUAUGUUACUUACUGUACUGUAUUUGCGUACGCAAUGCAAGGCACUAAUCUUGUCCUACAUGUGUUUUGACGAAUAACCGGUGCUUGCUGUGCGACUGGUUUAGUAUUAUCACAACAUUCCUUGACAAUUUAGUUUCAAAAGUAUGGCAUUCGAUUGUGACAAUUUAAAGCAGCUCAUUAUAGUAGGUAUGACAUAUACAUACGUAUGAUAUAGUUACCUUAAUAAUUCACUUACCAUUUUUGACCAAUGAAUCACUUCUGAGCCUAUGCACAAAAAUAAACUCACUUCAAAACGAAA